AUGCCCGGAGCUGCCGCCGCCGCCGCCGCCGCCGCCGCCGCGAUGCUCCCGGCUCAGGAGGCAGCCAAGCUGUACCACACCAACUAUGUGCGGAACUCGCGGGCCAUCGGCGUGCUGUGGGCCAUCUUCACCAUCUGCUUUGCCAUCGUCAACGUGGUGUGCUUCAUCCAGCCCUACUGGAUCGGCGACGGCGUGGACACGCCGCAAGCCGGCUAUUUCGGGCUCUUCCACUACUGCAUCGGCAACGGCUUCUCCCGGGAGCUGACCUGCAGGGGCAGCUUCACGGACUUCUCCACGCUGCCCUCGGGCGCCUUCAAAGCUGCCUCCUUCUUCAUCGGCCUCUCCAUGAUGCUCAUCAUCGCCUGCAUCGUGUGCUUCACCCUCUUCUUCUUCUGCAACACGGCCACCGUGUACAAGAUCUGUGCCUGGAUGCAGCUCACCUCCGCUGCCUGCCUCGUGCUUGGCUGUAUGAUUUUCCCUGAUGGCUGGGAUUCAGAUGAAGUAAAACGGAUGUGUGGAGAAAAGACGGACAAGUACACCCUUGGGGCAUGUUCGGUCCGCUGGGCGUACAUUCUGGCUAUUAUUGGAAUCUUGGAUGCCCUCAUCCUCUCGUUUCUAGCAUUUGUGCUUGGGAACCGACAAGACAGCUUGAUGGCAGAGGAACUGAAGGCAGAAAACAAAGUUCUGCUAAGCCAAUAUUCUCUAGAAUGAGCACAAAACAAAUCAAAUAACAGCUAAACCAACCGAAC